AUUGUCCAAAUUUAACGUCACAAAGACUCGAACCGCGACGUAGUGAAGAUCCUACGAGGAAAGAGAAAGUACUUACAAUUCGAUUUUACGUCCACUUAUUCCUUUGUUGAAAAUUCAUCGGGAAUUCCUAAAAUACCUUGUUAUUCUGUCUGCGAGAGUGUAAAACAACAGUGCGUGUUUAAUACAAUAACACCCCAUUCCAGUGAUAAUGAGCGCAGACUAUUUAAAUUACGAUGACGUCUCUGACAUUGACGUGAAUUCGCUACCUUUGAAGCCACCACGACCUUUGAUUCCUCCCGAGAAGGCAAUCCGGCGGACGUGGCAUCCAGUUAUGUGGGAUGAUGGCAGCCAGCCAGGAGACCAACCGACUAGAGAAGAACACCCACCAUCCAAAGAGUUCCCUCACAAGAAACAAAUCCGUAACAUUAGACGUCUCAUUGCUGAAGGAAAAGUAAAACCGACGUCCGAAACUCUUAUUUUCUUUCUUUGUAAUAAAUUUGCUAUCUCAGAAGAAAGGCAAGCGAGGAUGAAAGACUCUAAAAUAUAAAUUAUAUGACUUUUUAAAUUAUGUACUUAAUUAGGACUAUAUACACCACGUUGUAUGUAUAUGGUAAUAUAAAAUUACCUAUGUAUCUUUGAAUGUAAAAUCUGUUAUAAUUUAGCAUUCAUUUAUAAAUCAAUUAUAUAUUUGGAAUGUGAUAUAUAAA